UUACGGAAACAGUCGAAGCCUUCCGAAGACCCGAGGACGAGUCUGCGAUGUAAACAAGGUCAGACACUGCAGCAGAGCGCCCGUGUGAAUACUUACGGGACAGGUAGAUUUUUGCACAAGACGAGGACCAAACAACUUCAUCAAAGUUCUACACGUAGAGGUGUACUUCCCACCAAGAAAAUGAUGCAGUGCUUUCAUUUCAUGGUUGAACCGGUCAAGAAUGUAACGGCCAAGAUAAAGGAGGUGCACAAGAAGAACAAGAGGGAGAAGACGGAGCCCCUGGAUGAGGAUCAGUUAUUUAUUGUGGAGUUGGCCAAAGAUAUCAACCGAGUGUGUCAGAAGUCUGAAGUUCUGGAGCACAUCUGGAACCUCGAUGACACCUGGUCUACGCUCCUCUGCAGAUUCACCAUCUUGGAGUGGGGCAACAUUCUGGAGCAAAAGAAACUUAUGCAAACUGAUGGAUGGCCCGAGAUGGAUGAAAACAGUGAAUUUGAUCUGUAUGAUGAGGACCAUGUUCAACAAGCCAAGGCUGUGAUUCUAAACUGGGUCAAGGAUCUAAAGGCGCAGCCUGAGCAAAGUGUGUGGCCUGGAGAACCCGUGACAAAGGCGUUGGAGGACCUGAAGUCGGCCUGGCGCUGGGGGCGUGUGCCUAGUCUGGUUUCGGCCAUGGAGCUUCUCAUGUGGACCUUGGUGCUGCAGAGUCCAGAAAAGGAUAAUUUACCUCAGCAGUGGCUUCUCUGGAAACAAAAAACCCAGAAAAUAGGUGCCAUUCCUUACAUUCCUCAACCAGUGUGGGAUUGGAUUACUGAUAUGCCAGAGGACAUAACUCUAGACUUGGACACAGCUAACCCUGACUUACUCAUCACUGGAGACAAGCGCAUGCGUUGUGGCUUUGACAGGAAGGAUGUGCCUAACUACCACCAGAGGUUCGAUGGCUGGUGGUGUGCCGUGGGGGUGCAGGGCUUUGGCUCGGGGAGGCACUACUGGGAAGUGGAGGUGGGCGAGCGUGACUGGCGCCUGGGCGUGGCCAAAGAGUCUGCCCUGAGGAAAGGCUUCAAGUCCCUGAACACUGACACUGGAUAUCUGACCCUACGCCUGGAGAGAGGCACUGAGCUGAAGGCUCUGACCGUGCCUUUCACCGCUCUGCCCCCCGGGCUCAUCUCCAGGAAAGUAGGCAUCUACCUGGACUACGACCAGGGCCAGCUGUCCUUCUAUGAUGUGGACAAGCGCUUCCACAUUUACACGUACAACGAGCGCUUCACUGAGAAGCUCUAUCCCCUGUUUGGCACAGUAGAGAUCCUCAAGGAUCUGGUAAUCAGGGCUCCAGUGGCUAAGACCCAGUACCUCUGCCCUGGCACCUGUCUGUGGGCCUGAGAGCACUAUAAAACAUCACAACAUCAUAGAAAAUUAAACAAGUAUUUAAAUCCAAUCAACUAUCCUAAUAAUAUACAAGACCAUCAUUAUGCAAUGAAACCUGCUGUGUGACUGAUAUAUGCUGCUACUACUGUAUGUGAUAAAAGCACUUACUCUGUACUGUACAAUCGCUCUGUAUUUCAAAACUACCCAUUAGUGUUAUACUAUAGUAUAGUAUAUAGUAUAUUGUGCUAUACACACCAUGGAAAUAACAUUUCUAUAG